AGUAAUUGACUCAUCGGUUCACACGAUGCAGCAUUUGAAACUAGCACUGGGGGAAGUAAGCUACAUUUGACAUGAAUAUCGCUGAUAACGGUGUCCCUUCUGUCCAUAUUGAUGCCGCAAAGAUACUGGAUAACCUCGUUUACGAACUCGGGCUGCCGAAGGAAGUGGCGGAUCUUAGAUCGAACGUUUCUUUCGAUGGAGGCGAACCCUUCCUCCCGUUGCCCCAAAGCCAAGCCGCAUCUUCGGCUCUGCAUGGUCUGCUGGCCAUCGAGGCAGCUCGCGUUCUUCAGCUUCGCGGAGCUACCAAAGUGCCCCAAAUCUUCAUUAACACGGAUCAUGCCUCUCUGUAUCUUGCUGCUUUUGCUAUGAGCGCCUUGGAUGGGCAUCCUGUCUCUCCUUCCUAUCUGAGCCUCGUAAAUGAAGAAGAGACCACUUUGCUUCGUCAAGAAACUAUGAACGUUUACAAGACUAAGGACGGGCGUUUCUUCCACACGCAUUGCUCCCUGAAUGCAUCGAGUAUGCUUAAAUUCAUCGGGCUUGAUCCUGACCUCGUUGUCAAAGACAUCGAGGAAGCGAGGGAGGUCAUCGGGAAAGAAUGCUUGAAGUACACUGCUGAGGAACUUAGAGUGCUGUGUCAUUCGAAUGGUAUGGUUGGCGAAAUCGUACUGCAGCCAGCGGAGUUUGACAAUUCCGACCAUGGAAAGAUCAUCAACUCUCUUCCGCUUGCGAGAUUCAUUGAUAUAGAGAGCUCCAACCCUGGACCUUCUCCCUUACUGGGACUACCAUCAACGAAUUCUAGACCUCUAGAGGGCUUCCGCGUUGUGGAACUCACCCAGGUCAUAGCAGGCAGCCCUGAUUAUAACCUAAAUAUACGCCCCGUCCACAUUGAUCUACGCUCGAAGAAAGGUCAAGAGCAAAUGGGUCAUUUGCUGGCAUCUGCAGACAUAUUCUUGCAAGGUACUGUCCAAUCAUAUGCAAUUGAAAUGAGACCUGGGGCCAUGAACAGGCUUGGUCUCUCGCAUGGACGGCUUGCCGAGCUCGGUAACAAAAGAGGAAACCCUUAUAUCAUCGUGGACGAAGCGUGCUAUGGUGGUCAGAUCGCUGAUGGGCUGAGCGGCGUCGCAUGGGAGACCGGUGUAGCAUCUGGAUUGGACGAACCGGUCAACCCCUGCUUGCCGAUAUCCGACUAUUGCACAGGCACCUUAUGUGCAGUCAUGGCGGUUUUGGGUCUCGUGAGACGUGCCGAACCUGGGAAAUUUGGGGUCAAGGGCAACUCGUUCUUUUCUCCAAUUUCACUCACAGCGUUAGACGCUUGGUUGAGACGUCAGGGUCAAUAUCCGGUUUCGUACGUGCGGGAAAAGCAUGCAUUGCAUGGCUUCAGGUGCGAUACGGGUUUCGGGCCUAUGCUUUUUAAGACGCUUCAAGUGAAGUUAACCCAGGAUCCAUUGUAUAACCGGCCGGGAUUCUACAACGUCAUUGAGCAUGCGCUGUUCGAAGGUAGGGCUCGAGUAACAGGACAACCACGCCGCGAAGAGGGAGGCAAGGGUGUGAAGUACAUAUGUCUUGGUCCAGUUAUCAAGUUUGACGGGAUCGAUACCAGCUACAUUAGUACCGCGCCAUGGGGCUACUUUCGACCUGGCUGGAGUGAAGAAGAUGCGGAUGCACUUGAGGAGGCACUCCAGGAAAUUCCGUGAGUGGAGAUGUGGAUUGGUAUCUAGGGGACAUUCUGCUCUUCACUGGACGAUACACUCGAUGUCAAGCAAGAGCCUUUGAGUCUCAGACCCGUGACCCCAACAGUGGAGACCCC